AUGAUUUUUGCCGCGCGAUCUACGGUGCUGCGUGCCGCGCGGUCGCAGCUUCAUCCGUCGCGACCAAUUUUCGCUUUCCGGUUAUCGGCGGUCACACGAUUAUUGUCGACACUGGCAGUCCUCGAGCAACGAGGUGGCAAGCUCUCAGCCUCCUCGUUGUCUGCCAUCGCAGCCGCCCAGAAGCUAGGAGGAUCUGUCACAGGGUUCGUUGCUGGGAGCGGCGUGAAGUCUUCUGCGGCCGCCGAAGCGGCAAAGAUUAAGGGCGUUGAGAAGGUCGUUGCAGUUGAGAAUGAGGCUUAUGACAAGGGAUUGCCUGAGAACUACGCACCGUUGCUCGUGAACAACGUUAAAAACGGAGGCUAUACACAUUUGAUUGCCGCACACUCGGCCUUUGGCAAGGGCUUGUUACCUCGUGUGGCAGCUUUGCUCGAUGUACAACAGGUUUCUGAUAUUACUGGUAUUGAGAGUGAAGAUACUUUCGUUCGACCGAUCUACGCUGGUAACGCCAUCCUCACAGUGCAAUCCGAAGAUGCAAUUAAAGUUAUCACCGUCCGGGGUACUGCUUUUCAAGGCGUGGAGACAGAGGGAGGCUCGGCAGAGAUAGUUGACGGCUCAGAUCCUAAGGCAGAGAGUACAACGGAAUGGGUAUCGGAGGAUCUUGCGAAGUCUGACCGUCCCGACUUGGGAACAGCAUCUCGAGUUGUUUCCGGUGGCCGCGGAUUGAAGUCUAAAGAGGAAUUUGAUCGUGUGAUGGUGCCACUGGCCGAUGCUUUAGGUGCCGCCAUUGGUGCUUCUCGUGCCGCUGUUGAUAGUGGAUAUGCCGACAACAGCCUUCAGGUUGGCCAGACUGGAAAGAAUGUGGCGCCUCAAUUGUACCUUGCGGCCGGUAUCUCUGGAGCUAUUCAACAUUUGGCCGGUAUGAAGGAUAGUAAGGUUAUUGCGGCUAUCAAUAAGGACGCUGAUGCGCCCAUUUUUCAGGUAGCUGAUGUGGGCUUGGUAGGCGAUCUUUUCGAGAAGGUGCCUGAACUCACUGAAAAGCUUAAAAAAUAA